AUGUCGUUGGGGUUGGAGAAAUAUGCAGUUGUGGAAGUCAAGAGAGGAAAGCUGGUUAGACAACAAAACAUCAAACUGGGAGAUGGUCGGGAAAUAAGAAGUUUAGGAGUUGAGGACAGCUACAAAUACUUGGGCAUCCAACAAACUUAUGAAAUACGUCAGCAAGAAAAUAAACGUGAAACCGAAAGUGAACUCCUCAGAAGAACGCGGAAAAUACUCGGGACACAGCUGUCGGCAAAGAACAUUAUAACGGCAAUCAACAUGUGGGCCGUACCAGCGUUCACUUAUACCGCUGGUGUGCUGUCAUGGUCAAAAACAGAUUUACAAAGAAUUGACCAAAAGAUUAGAACAACACUCACCAAACAUGGCUUGCUCCACCCUAAUUCAGCCGUGGAAAGAAUAUACCUACCUCGAAAAACGGGCGGACGUGGAUUGAGCAGUCUUGAAGAUACCUGUCAGAGAGAAGAGAGGAACAUUAUAGACUAUUUUCGCAAGAGAAAUAACCCUGUACACCAAUGGGUGGCUACUUACCAGCAAACAUCCAAUAGAGCAGGAACAUCGCCACCGGUAGAACCUGAAAUGGAAAAUAGGUUAGAAAGGCUAAAACAGAGCUGGCAGUCUAAAUCACUUCAUGGCAGAUUCUAUGCCAGCCUGCAACAGGAAGAAGUGGACAGAACAAAAUCACAUACUUACCUCAUGCAAGGCUAUUUAUACCCACAAACCGGAGGAACAUUAAUGGCGAUUCAAGACCAGGUAGUGCCAACUAGAGUGUACGCGAAACACAUAAUGAAAUUGCAGGUUGAAACAACUAAAUGCCGCCUCUGCAACAUUGCUGAAGAAACAAUUCAGCAUCUCUCUUCAGGAUGCUCACAAAUAGCUGGUACAAAAUACCUGGCCCGGCAUAACGAUAUGGGGAAGGUAGUGCACCAACUUAUAUGUCUCCGAGAAGAACUACUACCGCACUUCACCCCUCACCACUUGUAUAGCCCACAGGCGGUACUAGAGAAUGACCAAACGAAGAUCUACUGGGAUCUGACCGUGGUGACUGACAGGGGUGCGGAACACAACAGGCCAGACAUGUUGGUGUGGAAUAAGACCAAGAAAACCGCACAUAUCAUCGAUUUUUCGGUGCCCCUGGAUAACAACUUGUCGAAGGCAUAUGGGGAGAAGAUCACCAAAUAUAACGUUCUCGCUCGUCAGAUCAGAGACAUGUGGAAGUUGAAGUCGGUCACAAUACUUCCCUUGAUCAUAAGCGCCAAUGGGCUGGUCCACCGAAAAAGUUCCGCACAUAUAGAAGAACUUAACCUGCCUCCAAACACCAUAGCAUGGAUGCAGAAGGCCGUAAUACUGGGAACGGUUGGCAUAAUCCGACAGGUUAUAUAUCCUUAUUAG